AUGAGCAACUCGUUUGCAGCAGUUGAUCAACCAAGGAGUGAUGUAAAAAUUCUUCGUGAUUUCAGUUGGUGCGCAAAGCUAAGCCGAUUUAUUGCUGAUUUGGAAGCCGUCAAACAAAAAUAUAUCACCAAAUCAACUGCCAUCAUUGUUUCUUCAUCCACUUUAUUGUACGGAUUUAUCGAAUAUGUCACUGGAAAUGAAACAUUUCAGCGAAAGCAACUGAUGCCACUGCUGCAUUACAUUUUGGGUCCAGAGAAGAUUGUGCGAUUGAAUGUUCACUUAGCGAAACAUCACUUACUUCCACCAUUCGGUCAAAGUUAUCGUGAAUAUCCAGAACUUAGAUGUAGCACUAUGGGUAUACAGUUCAACAAUCCACUUGGAUUAGCAGCAGGUUUUGACAAAGGUUAA